AGUAAUGACAGACAUUAUAUUAACAUCAUGGCCCACGGCGCGGGGGGGUGCCUAGCCGCGCUCAUCAUGCUCUACUGCAGAUGGUGCCAGUGCUAUUUCAUCUAGCCUGCACCAGAGUGUAACAUAAGAUCAGGGAAUUAUAAUGUUAUGUUGGCAGUGAUGGCAGAGGGCUCCUCUCUCACUGCUAGGAUACCUUACCCACCCGCUAUCAACCGCAUUUCAGGACAGGCCAUAGUCCAUACAAGCCCCAGGCCUCAAUCACAAGUCACAAUGGGCGGGGGUCCAACGAGUCCAUUCGACCUCCGCUCGCUGCUCACCCCUGAGUUCCUCGCAUCUCUCGUCCGGGCCCGGUUGCCGUACGAUCCGCGCACCCCGAUGGACUUCUCCGAAUUUGGGCGUUCCAUCUUCCUCACCGACCCCAUCAGCCCCUCCGUCAAAACCACCAUCUGGCGCGUCCUUAAAAAGCUCAGCACCAUCGGCCUGGAACACAUGCCCGACCUGACCCUGUACCUCCCCGCGCCCACAGACCCGGCCUACCCAGAACAAACCCUCGGCCUGCUGCUACUCCUCGACCACUUCCCGCGGCUCAUGUUCCGCGGCGUAGACCAGCGCUGGACCUACGGCUACUUCAGCCAUCUCUCGCGACGGGUCGCACGGGCGUGGCAUGCACUUCCCCCCGCGCAACGGCCAGACAGCUGGGCGCGAUGGCAGCAGAUGGGGGCAGGAUUGGAUUACUGGAUUGCAGUGCGCUUUUGGAUGGGCACCCCCUUUGUGCACUCGGAGCGGGCAGAGGACCAGGAGGUUGCACUGCUGUUUACCGAGGAGACGCGGGCCGCUGUGGAAAUGGUGUCGGGCAUGACGGAUCCGUACCGUGCUGAGAGGGGCCAGAUAUUGGCAGAUCUGUAUGGUUUUCCGAGGGUGUACAAGGCUGGGCCGCCGCAGGGGGAUGGGGUGACGAGGGAAGGGUGGACGUUUUGGAUGGGCAUGUUGAUGGAUGUGCAUAAGCCGAUGAUUGAUCGGUUUGGGAGGUAUCCGUAUUUGAAUAGCAUGCUAGCAAGAGAGGGGACGCCGGAGGAGGAGGUUUGGGUAGCAAAGACGGAGCAUUUUGGGGAGGCCGAUGAGGAGACGAAGAGGAGGAUUCAGGAGGAUGUGAAGCAUGGCCGGUGGACGCCGCUUGGAGAAGGGUCACACGGUCAAAGGAUUCAUGUUCUGAGUUGAACGGGGACUGAAUCACUUGCAGUUAAAC